GCACACGGUCUCGAAUCAGCUGACUUCCGGGUCGGCUCUCGUCCGAUUAAGUUUCUCUUUCAGCAAAAACUUUUGAAGAAAACCCCAUCGACAGGCAGACGGCCGGGAGCUUAUCUCUGUUGUCUCCGUGUGAUGAUCAGAGCGAACCGGCUCAGACACCAGAUGGGAAGAAAAACACUCCGAUAAGGAACCGAUUAACCUUUGAGUAACUCGCUGACAGGUGAGGAAGCGUUUCGAUAACAGGUAAAUAACUCUUUUGAAUACAUUGGCAAGGAGACUGUUUGAAUUAGAAUGUGUUUUGAAGUUCGGUGUAAGUAGUUUAAAGCAAAGAAAGCAGCGUUAGCUAACAUGAGCCGGCUGGUUCUUAUCUCCAAUCCGCUCAGCUGACUGUCAGGCACCGCAGAGCCCUGAAGCUGGGAGUCAGUCCUCUCUCAGCUCUUUUACACAGCUGUUAUUCUCUCUAAAGGGCAUUUAAAAGAACAUUUAAGACAUACUAACAGUUUAGUGUUUUUUAAUUGAAGUGUCAUCUACCUGCUGUCAAAAUAAAAUGAAACUUUUAAGAGCUCUGAAAGGUUUUCCUGUCAUAAAAAGGCUGUAUUACAUAACAGCACACUGACAUCUACUGUAGAGUCAGAAACAAGAGACAGGAGGUUUUCCCUGACCAGUUUACAGCCAAUGUCUUACACUCAAACUAUGGCCAAAAAAAGCAAUCCUAAUGUUUUUGGGGAAAGGAGAACCUUCGCAUGUUAGAUUCUGACUGGAAGAAAUCGUAAAACUGAGGUCUUUCUUUCACUUUUUUGUUGUUUAAUGGAAAAUCUGGACAGAUUUCAAUCAAUCAAUCAAUCAAUCAAUCAGUCUUUAUUCAUACAGCACUUUUCAUACACAGCAAGUACACAAAGUGCUUUACACAGAAAAAGGAACAAGAGAAACAAAGAAUACCCAAAUCUACCCCAGCCCAACCCUUCAUUCCCACCCCACGAUCUGAAUGCAUCAGAAACAGAAUUAAAACUUCAAAAGGGCUUGAUUUCGUGGAAACAGGAACGUGCGCACUGAGGAAACGUCAUUUUAAAACUCAAGAUAAGGAAACACUGGAGGUUAAGGUUGAAAUCUAAAAACAAAGAAACAUCGAAUGAAAUUUAAGAAAUAAUAAAUAAAAUGAAAUAAAAGCCACAGUAAAAGAUACUAAAAUAAGAGCACCAAAAUAGCUCAAUCAAAGACGAUCCUGUCAUUAAACCUAGAAAGAGAUACAUUUAGUUAAAAGCAAGACUAAAAAGGUUUUGUAAUACUGGAUCUUCACAAGUAUUUUCUCAACAAAAAGAUUUAACUAAAAUGUUAAAGAAUCUACAUUAGAUCUGUAUAAUUUGUUCAAAAUGUGUUUGGUUUUACAGGUUUAACAGGAAGAAGAAAUACAUGAAUGAUCUCUACAAUGUGGACAGAAAAGCAGAGAGGAAUCAGAGUUUCUCAGCAGGAGCUGCUCUGCAAGAAUGCCUGUGGAUAUUAUGGGAACCCUGCGUGGCAAGGCUUCUGCUCUAAGUGCUGGAGAGAGCGGGCACGCCCGGCAUCGGCUCAGAGACAAGAGACAAGGUAAACCUGCUCCUAAUGAGCAUCACCCACUAACGCACAGAGUAGCGUGAAUAGUAUGACUAAUGUGUCAGCUGGAAUGACGCUGGCAUGAUGUCAGCGUUGAGUUGGUGUGUAGAUGAACUCAUGUCAAAGUAGGGCUGGACGAUAUGGGAAAGAGUUCAUCAAAAUAUAUAUAUUUUUUGCUCCGCUCAGGGGUUUGUAACCUUUUGCAUGGCGCAUGCUCUGCCGCAUGGCGCUGCUUCAGGUGAUGAAAAAGAUUUGAGUUAUUCCCCGACUUUGCAAGGACAUGUACUCGACAUAAUCUGCAGUACACAUUACUCUGCUUCAUGUCCGACCUCAAAAAACCAAAAUGCCUCCACACCAAUGUUUUCGUGCCAGUGUUGUCGACGAUGUCAUCAUCUGUUGAGUCUUCAUCUGCACUUCUGCCAAGGGUAGCACUCAUUUUCUAUUUUUCUCACCGACAGUGCUGUCGGCUUCACGUGUUAAAGUGCUGUGGUUGCGUGUAGCUGCCGCCUGCAACUGUGCAGUUGUUUGCUACUUGGUUCUAAUUCAGCCCGAUUAGUUCAUUGCAAAGCAGACCCGGAACCACUCCCCUUUUCAUUGGCCAUUCAUUUAGUCGACCAAAACAUGGCAGAAUGUCAACUAUUGAAAAGCAUAUUGGCCAUGUUUCAUAUUGAUAUCGAGGGAAAUUAGCCCUGCAUCAAAGUAUCUCAGGAGUUAAUGGAAACUAUUAAGAAGGUUCAAACUACAACAACUGCUAAACACUGUAACUUUUGAAGUCUAAGUACCAAAUAGAUAUGUCAGGAUUACACUGACAUUGAAAUAAUUAUCAGCACAUGAUAACUAAAUACAAAAAGAUUCACAGUGACUGAAUCGGGAUAGCUGAUGUUGUAAUUCCCUCCAGGCCAAGCAAUGAUGGAACUCCUCUCACGUUCUCCAAAUUUGAGGAGAAGAAAAGCACAGAGAAGGGUCGUCGGAUUAACACCAUGAGGAGACUCUUCUGGGGCAGCCCAUCACCCCCGAAACGUCAAGGUUGUCCAGUUCAUUUUCCUCAAUCCCGUAUAAUCGACACGAGAACACACAAAAAGUUUUCUUUGUUUUUGCCUGGAAUAAUAAUACAUGGUGUCCCUGCAGAGUCUUCAGAGACCUUUACAAAUGUGUUAAAAGCCUAUCAGAGCCUCGAACCCGGGGACUUCACCGGUUUCCUAAAGAUACUAAGGAGUCCCUCCUCUCAGCGCUUGCAGUCCAGAUGUACAGCUUUUCUCAACACAAUGGAAGCUUACCAUGUAAUUAUCUGUUCAGACAAAUUCACAUGACUACUCUCAAUUGUAUGUCCUCGUUUUACUGAUCAUGGAUUCAUCUUUACAGCAUCUGCCUGUUCAGAAGCAGUCAGAUCUUGUGCAAGAUUUCUACCAGUCUUUUGCUGAAUAUUUUAGAUGUGAGUAAAAAUUACUUUAAUUCUUUUUUGGACUGUUUUGGAAGCAUGAUAGAAUUAAAAUAUGAGUUUUUUUUCUUGUUUUCAGCUUUUCCUGAGGCUCAGAUCACUCAGAUAAUGGAGCAUGUAGAGAAGUUAAUAAUGACACGACUGCACAAAUGGGUCUUCUGCCAUGACAGCUGUGAUGAUGAGCAGAAGGAUUUAGUCCUUCAGAGAAGAAUACGGUAAUCAUAACAUGAAAGUUCUGAUUUUAUAUAUGAUCAAGAUAUCCAACCUGAAAACCCUGUUUAGUGCAAAUUUUCUUUUUUACUUUGCAGCUCCUUAAACUGGGUAACUCCACAGAUGCUGAGUGUGCCUUUUCCUGAUAAACAGACUUCAGUCACAGGCGACCCCUUUCUGCCAGCGAUAACAGGUGAAUCAAGUUUAAGGAAACAGUUUAAUAUCUUGGGAAGUUAGUGUAUUCACUAUCCUGAGGCAAGUUAGAUGAGAAGACUAGUACACUGUAGUACUCUCAUAUCUUUCAGUUAAAUGUCAGGGUAUGUUUCUACUGUAAAACUGCAGUGUUUUUUAUGUUUCCUACUUCGUAGAUUGACAUUAAAGUGUCAUAGAUCUUCCCCCUCUUUCAAAAAAAAACAAUUUGUCUUGCAUUGAAAUGCUGCGAAAUUACUAAGAUAAUUACUGACUUGUCAUCCUGCACUCUGUUUCCUCAACAGCUAUAAUUGAAAUGGAUGCCAAAAGAGCCCCUCAGGACAAACUUGCAUGUGUGUCCAAAUGCAGUCAACACGUCUUUGAAGCACUCUCCACCUCGAACAGCGAGCCUGCUAAUGCUGAUGACUUCCUGUCAGGCCUAAUUUAUGUAGUGCUGAAGGCGAAUCCUCCUCGCCUUCACUCCAACAUGCAGUAUGUGAUUCGUUUUGGUCUCCCUCACAGUCUGAUGGCAGGGGAGAGCGGCUACUAUUUCACAAACCUGGUAUGUCCACAGCAUGGUUCUCCGUACAGCUUACAAAGUCUGUUAAGCACUAAUUUUCCUGCCUUUGUUUUUCCCAUUUUAGUCUUGUGCUGUGGCCUUCAUCGAAAAACUGGACGGACCAGCACUUAACCUCAGCCCUGAAGAGUUUGACGGCUACAUGCUGCGUCAGCGAGCUCCUGCUGCUCGAAACAAGAGGCUGCAGGUGGCCGGUGACGCACAACACCUGUUGGAGGAGCUGCAAGGCAGACAGGAGAAGCUGGACCAAGGAAUGGAUGCUCUGAACAUGCAGCUGCAGGAGUGGGUCCAAACGGUUAAUUUUCAGUUAGAUGAAGCCACAGCCAAGUUUGCUCUGGUACAGAAAGAUUUAACCACUCAGUCUGAGCUUUCCCAGGGUUCUUUAUCCUCGUCCCAUGAUGCAUCACAGCAACUGGUUAACAGCGAGCCAUCGGUGUUGGUGCUUGAGAAUAAACUUGCAGGACCAAAAGAUACAGACUGUUAGCUGUACUAAUUAAAAAACACUAAAACCGUUACUUGACUUUUUUGAUCAUCAGCACUAACACUUUUAGGCUGUGUAACAAAUAAAGAAUUAUAUUUUGAAGCCACAUUUGCACAAGUUCCAACCAUAGAAACAUGAAGGAGAACUUCAUGAAGGAGGUAUUUCAGAGUGCACCGAAGUUUUUUUGAUGACUGUUUUGAAACAUGAGCUGCACUUAUAUAUCCUUUUUAAAGGUGAGGGCCCUAAAAGCACAUUCCAGGUUUUGGUAUCAGCCGUGAUCAGAAGUAAUAUUCAAGCACUCAGGGUACUCAUCACUCAUAUGAAUGACACCUAACACUUAAAGGGGCUGACACUCACUUUUUUAAACUAGAGUACACCGGUGUGCCUAUCUGUAGACUGCUGUGAAAUUCAUAAAUUUAUUAAAUGAGAAAUGAUAGAGAAGAAGUCAGGGAUAUGUUCAGGCAUUAUUUUUCAAAGCUGUGUAAAUGUUUUCAGUAGGCUGCCUUCAUUGUCUGUUUAAACAUAACAUGCCUGGUGAUAAAACUAUUUAACAGAUCUGCUGAAGUUCUCAGAAGGUACCUGCAGUUUACGAUUACUGAAGGAUGUUUAAAGAAAUGAAAGGAGUUAAUGUAAUAAUGAUUAUUUUAUGAAGUAUUUUAUUAAAGUUGAAUUAUAUGAUUUGCUA